AUGCCUCCACAUAGACCAAGACGAGCGGAAGAAGCGACCCCGACCCCCACACAAACCCAACGGCGCAGACGAGAUGAUACACCCGAAGAAGACGAGGAUGUCGACAUGGACGAGGCAAUGAACCAGGGCAGCGGCAGCGUUGACCAGCUGGCAAAAGGCUUGGUGCGAUAUGCCCUGUCGUGCGAACGUUCACGGAAGCCUAUCAAGCGCCAAGAUAUCAAUGUAACGGUACUCGGUUCAACAUACACUCGACUAUUCAAGGAUGUCUUCGCACAAGCAAACAGUCAGCUCAUGGACGUCUUCGGCAUGCAGUUGGUCGAACUGCCCAGAGCGGAGAAGGUGACACUGCGACAGAAGCGCGCUGCCGCUGCCUCGGAUUCCCAAAGCAAAAACACAAGUAUUUGGGUUCUGCAAACCAUCCUCCCCGACCAAUACCGUAUACCCGACAUCAUCGGCCCUUCGCGACCAAUCGAAGAAGACAUAAAUCGAGAAGACUCGUACGUGGGACUAUAUACCAUGGUCAUCGCCCUUAUCACAAUCCACGGCGGUCUGAUACCAGAGGGCAAGCUGGAUCGCGCCCUCAGACGUAUGAACGCAGAUCAGACGACGCCCAUGGGGACCAAGGACAAGACGCUCGCGAACAUGAUCAAGGAUGGGUAUAUUGUGAAGGUCAAAGACACCCAGAACGGGGGCGAAGAGACGAUAGACUAUAUCGUUGGGCCCCGAGGCAAGAUGGAAGUCGGGCGGGAUGGUGUCGCGCAGCUUAUACGGAAAAUAUUUGGGGACAGCGAGGAUGGGGACGAGCUGGAUAAGAAGAUUGAGAGGACGCUGCAGGUGGCUGGCGCGAAUGACGAUGCUGCGCCGUCGGUUGAGGCGGCCAACGUUGCAUCGCAGGCGAACGGACGGAAACGUGGGCGGCCGAGAGGCGAAGGCGACGAGUAG